AUGAGGACAGUCACCAUACUUGGUCGUCGAAGCAUACAGCAUGGAAUUCGGUCAUGGAAUCGACAACAACAACAACAACAACAAUCUGCAUUGUUAUUGCCAUCCUCCAUGCUCACCAGCAUCCAACGAGUGCAAUCCCUACCAAGAAAAUUCUCCACCGAUCCACAAGAUGAUAUGUCCACCACCACAGCAGAAAAAUUGCAACGAUUCGAAGACGCCAAUCCCGAUCGGAUUCGAGACAUUCAAGUCAAUCCAGAAGGAAUUGGAAGUCAAAUCUUACCCGGCAAUUUGGUCUACAAGAAAUACCGAUUCUCGGGGAAUACUCGCAAGGUACCUCUCGAAUUGGUCCACGGGUACUUUUGGAUGAUGUGGGAUUUGCGCAGAACGGGACACAAGACGACCUUGAGCAACGAGACCCUAAUUCCUGCGGAGCAAGCCCAACUAUUUCCAGUCUUGCAGGGAGUCCAAUCCUUGAACGACACUAAAACCGACUUGCCCUUUUUCUUUGUCGACGAUUCUCCCGCGGCGAAAAAAGUGACCUUGCUCAGCAUUGCCUUUCGAGAUUCCGGUUUCAAGUCCAUUCCUUCCUGGACCGAUCCCUUUCAAGAGGCCUUUGACGACAAUGAGAAAGUGGGAACCUUGAAAUUGUCCAUUACCGAACGCCUCUCCUUGUAUCCCUUUCGAGGACCCUUGACCAGGGUCAUGAAGAAGAAUACGCCAGAAAAUGAGCAUGAUAGCACACUAGUGUAUUUUGGGACCGAUGUUGAUGACUUUCGGGAUGUUCUGCGCAUGCACAAUAUCAUGACCAACUAUGUCUUUUUGAUUGAUGACCUUGGUCGAAUUCGAUUUGCUGGCUCGGGGCCUGCGACAAAAGACGACGUGGCAAAGGUGAUACAAUUUGCCAAAGAACUGGCCAAGGAAGAAGAGGAACGGUCGUCCAGAACUGCCAAACGAUCCAAGAAUAAAAAACGAUAG